AGCAUUAUGUCGAGCAGGGCACUUGUAGCAGCAGUCAGAGACCCUUCUGAAAUAGCGGUGACCCAGUGGAACUAUACUCUGAGUAGUUUGUAAUUAGCCUGCAACGUAAUCAAAGAUCAGUAACCAGUCCUAUGCUAUGCCAGCGGGGGUUGCUGUGCUGCUGGUUCGAACACACACACACACACACACACACGACGAGAGAGACUCGGAGGAGGAUUGGAUUGUGUUUCUGCAUCUUUGUGUUACACCCCGUCGAGCUAGUAGACACUCAAGUAAGCACUGAAUAAGAUCUCCCUGUCCCUCCACCUCCAUCCCCCAUGGCAUGAAUGAUAGAUUAAGCAGCCGGGCCGCAGUGCCGUGAGCCUGGGUCGGUAUGACUAAGGUGUGGAGGAGCAGAGCACACAGGUAGACAGGACCACCAACCCCAGUGGUAGAUCCUCAGUGAUGGGUCUGUAGUGGCUGCAGAGGAGAAAGGACUGUAAUGUAAAUACAGGAUUUCUUCAGAAUUAGAUUUUUGCCAACUAAUGGUCAGUGAUUCAUCUACAGGGACUGAAUAGAGCAUGGGAGGACAUGGAGAAGCAGCACACGUGUGAUAUAGCUCCGGUCCAGCGAGGGUGAAUGAAGAAUUUGGAGCCAACCUGAAUGUCCCCAUCCCAUUCCUGAGUUUGACUGAGAACUGACCAAUACAGAUUUGGAGAAUGCAGGGGCAUAAGGCACAGGGUGCCCAGGGUCAGCUGGACAUGGAGGGGGCUCUGACCGCCCGAGACCGCGUGGGGAUCCAGGACUUUGUCCUGUUGGACACCCAUACCAGCGAGACUGCUUUCCUAGGCAACCUGAAAAAACGCUUCAGUGAGGACCUAAUUUAUACCUAUAUAGGCACUCUGCUAGUGUCUGUGAACCCCUACAAGGAGUUGGAUAUCUACAGUAAAAAACAGAUGGAUAUAUACAUGGGCGUCAACUUUUUUGAGCUUCCACCACAUAUUUAUGCCCUGGCGGACAACGCCUACCACACCAUGAUGGCUGAGGCCAACAACCACUUCAUCCUCAUCUCUGGGGAGAGUGGUGCCGGCAAGACCGAGGCUUCCAAGAAGAUCCUACAGUAUUAUGCUGUGAGCUGCCCCAGUACCACCCUACUGGACAGUGUCAGGGACCGGAUGCUGGUGUCCAACCCUGUGCUAGAGGCUUUCGGCAACGCCAAAACACUGAAGAAUGACAACUCUAGUCGCUUUGGAAAGUACAUGGAUAUCCAGUUUGACAUCCAGGGGGAUGCCGUGGGGGGCCAUAUCCUGAGCUACCUGCUGGAGAAGUCCCGAGUGGUCCACCAGAACCACGGAGAGAGGAACUUCCACAUCUUCUACCAGCUGGUGGAGGGAGGGGAGGAAGACCUGCUGCAUCAGCUAGGCCUCGAGAGCAACUGCCAGCACUACAGUUACUUGGUGCAAAACGAGUGUGCCAAUGUGACUUCGAUCAAUGACAAGAACGACUGGAAGACGGUGAGAAACGCCCUGUCCGUCAUCGACUUUGACGAGAGUGAUAUACAACACCUAUUUGGGAUCAUAGCAAGUGUCCUCCACUUAGGGAAUGUGCAGUUUGAAGCUGACAGCAAAGGCUACGCCACGUUGAACAAGAACACAGAACUCCGCUGGGUGUCAACAUUGCUGGGAAUUAACGUUCAAGUACUGCAGGAGGGGCUGACAUACAGGAAGAUUGAGGCCAAAACAGAUGAGGUGCUCAGCCCGUUCACAGUGGACCAUGCCAUCUAUGCCAGAAAUGCCCUGGCCAAAGCCAUCUAUGGACGCACCUUUACCUGGCUGGUCAAUAAGAUCAAUGAUUCCAUGGAGAAUAAGGAACCGUCAAGGAAGACGGUUAUUGGUCUCCUUGACAUAUAUGGCUUUGAGGUUUUCUAUGUCAACAGUUUUGAGCAGUUCUGUAUAAACUACUGCAACGAGAAACUGCAGCAGCUUUUUAUCCAGCUGACCUUGAAGUCGGAGCAGGAGGAAUACGAGGCAGAGGGCAUUGGGUGGGAGCCUGUCCAGUUCUUCAACAAUAAGAUUAUCUGUGACUUAGUGGAGGAGAAACACCUGGGCAUCAUUUCAGUACUGGAUGAAGAAUGCCUGAGGCCUGGAGAGGCCACUGACUUCACAUUUCUGGAGAAGCUUGAGGAGAAAAUGGGCAGUCACCCUCAUUUCAUCACGCACAAGUUGUCUGACAAGAAGAUACGUAAGACGCUCGAUCGGGGCGACUUUCGCCUUUUGCAUUAUGCUGGGGAGGUCACCUAUGGCGUUGUGGGGUUCAUCGACAAAAACAAUGACAUGUUAUACAGAAACAUCAAAGAUGUGAUGCGGCAGUCAAAAAAUGCCAUAGUCAGAGAGUGCUUUGCUUCUACAGAGUCAGAUAGCAGGCGGCGACCAGAGACGGUUGCUAGCCAGUUUAAGAGCAGUCUGCUGGGACUGACAGACAUCCUCAUGUCUAAGGAGCCCUGGUAUGUGCGCUGCCUCAAAUCCAACGAGUCCAAACAGCCAGGUCGUUUUGACGACGUGCUGGUUCGGCACCAAGUGAAGUACCUGGGGCUGAUGGAACACCUUAGGGUCAGACGGGCAGGUUUUGCAUACCGACGCCGCUAUGAGUUGUUUCUGCAGAGAUACAAGCCCCUAUGCCCAGCCACCUGGCCCCAUUGGAGAGGAGUGGCUGCAGAAGGAGUGGAAGUGCUGGUGCAGCACCUGGGAUACCUGCCAGAUGAGUACAAAAUGGGCAGAACCAAGAUAUUUAUCCGCCACCCCAGGACACUUUUUGCCACAGAAGAUGCCUUCGAGGUCUGCAAACAUAAACUUGCAUCAAGGAUUCAGGCCCAGUACAAGGGAUACCGGCAAAAAGGAGAAUUCAGAAGACAGAAAGAAGCUGCCACCAAGAUUGAGACUUGCUGGAGAGGAGUUCAAGCCAGGAAAGAGAAAGAGAGGAGACAAUGGGCUGUCAAGGUCAUCAAGAAGUUUAUUAAAGGAUACAUGACCAGAGGGGAGGCAAAGACUACUGAUAACUCUGAAUACCUGGCCUUUGUCAGACAGAACUACCUCAACAGGCUGAAAGACAAUCUCCCAAAAACAGUUCUGGAUAAAAUCAGCUGGCUAACCCCUCCACCUGUAUUGACUGAGGCCUCAGCGAUCCUGCGUCAGCUCCACAUGCGUGUCAUGGUGACGAGGUACGUCAGAGGGAUCACUGCACAACAGAAAGCACAGCUUCAACUCAAGGGGAUCACCAGUGUUAUCUUCAAGGACAAGAAGGACAGCUACCCUCAGAGUGUCUCCCAACCCUUUGUGGACACCAGGAUCAGUGAACAGGACAUCAAUAUGAAGGUCCUGCAGAUAAUUCGCCAUGAACGCAUCAAGUAUAGCGUACCAGUGGUGAAGUAUGACAGGAAUGGGUUUAAACCCCGACCUCGGCAGCUCAUCCUCACGCAGACGGCUGCCUAUGUGGUGGACGAGGCCAAGAUCAAACAGAAAGUGCAGUACACUACUCUGAAAGGUGUGUCUGUCAGUACCUUGAGUGACACCAUCAUCAUUUUCCAUAUUUCAAGUGAAGACGUUAAACAGAAGGGGGACCUGGUCAUCCAGUGUGACCACCUGUUUGAAGUGUUGACCAAACUCAGUGUGGUUGCCAACAAGCAGAGCGCUAUCAACGUGGUCCAGGGCAGCAUCUCGUUUCAGAUACAGGCGGGGAAAGAGGGUAUUGUGGACUUCAGCAGUGGCCAGGAGUCCAUGGUGUACAAGGACAAGAAUGGACACCUCAUGGUGGUAUCCACUCGGACCAAGGCUCGAUGAACUGCUCAGUGCCCAGCAGAUAGACACACUCAGGAGACUGACCAGGCACAUUAGAACCUGUGGACAACAUCUGGAUUAGACCUAGAAUUCUGCUCCUGUAUAGCCUGAUUCCAGAUCUGUUUGUGUUGUGCAUAUAUUUAACUCAAUAGCCAGUUGGCAAGACACCACAAACAGAUAUUGAAUCAGGCUGAGUUUUAUAGAGAUGAACCCUAAAACAGAACUACAGCAGUUGUUUUCAGGAAACCAUGAAAGCUACAAACCAAUGGCUCAAUGUAUUUAAUGACAUUCUCUAGGCAGAGCUCAUAAGAAAAUAAAUCCCCCUCAUGCACCCA